UAGUGACAAACCUAUAACAACAAUACUACGUCGUGAACUUUGAAAACAAGUGACAGACUCUAUGCUAUUCACAUUCUUCCCAAAAACAUUUCUGUGUGACGUUUUACCAGUGCUUUAAUAUUUAAGCAAACUUUGUGUUUAUUGUGUACGGUUGUGUGUACAUGAGUUUUGUACAAAAUUCUUCGUGAAAAAAUCAAACACCAAUGAUAGUUGGGCCAGUAUGAAGUUCGCCGAUAUCCUGUAAGAUAUUCUAAAUAAAACAUUCGCGGCGACUUAGUCGAGUUUGAAACCAAGACAAUGCCGCGCCUUUAAAUAUGGAUAGUAACCGCGCCGCUACCUGCCUCAGAUGCGAGCCCGAGCACGAGAUGAACCCGGAGCCUACUCGCAGCGCUUGGCCCCAGAGCCUGUCGCCGCGCGCCUCUCCUGACCGUCUGUCACCGCGUGCCACUCCCGGAUCGGUCAGCCCAGAACGGUACCAGCGCUCCCUUUCCUCACCCGUUCGCAGGUUGGCUUUAGAAGCGGAACGGAUUAUGUCUGAGGGCGUACGAAGUCCGUUGGCGUCGACGGCCACACCUGCCUCGAUUGGGCAGCUGUCUCCGUGCCGUAUGCACUCUCCGCCGCCUGCCCAUUACCAUCCGAGCCAAAUGCAGUACGGGAUAUUGAAUCGAGGCAGUGGCUGCAGCGUCUCGGAAUUUGGAAGGGUGUCCGCGUACUUCUCGAUGCAGCCGCCGGCGGUGCCGAUGCAGCUGGUGCCGGUGACACCGCCCGCUCUGCCUGCGCGCCCGUCUACGCCUGCCCUGCCCGCUCCGGACUCGCUCGCGCUCACUGCACCAAUCGCUCAAAUCGCCCCCGUCGGGGACUCCACACUCUCUGACAAUGAGAAGUGUCAAAAUGCAGUGCGGAGCAUGUUGUGCGAACUGAUGGCGACGCUCCCGCUAACGCCGAGCAGCUGCGGCUCGCCGGUGCGGCGCGCGCGCCAGCCGCUGCCGGUGCGCCCCGCGCCCCCGCCGCCCACUCUCACCCCUCUCCCGGCUACUCCUCCGACACCUGACCAAGUCUAUGCUGGAUAUUCCACUCGCUCCGUUUCACCUGAUUUAGCUUCGUUAAAUCAUGUUGAUAACAGCAGACGACCACCGUUGGAAUGUGACGGCCAUGAGACCAACGACACCUUCCCGCUGGUGUGGCUGGACGGUACCCGCCGCGAUGUGCUACGCGACGCUGCCACUCAAGCGCACGCCACCGUGAACUCUCGAUGUGUCAACGAUACGCAGGAGAGGCCAGAGAGCACUGACGAGUGGCUCGGCGGCGUACGCGCACUGCGCGACUCGCACGUGCGGCUCGUGCUGCGCCAGCUGCGACACAUCGAGCGCCUGAACCGCGCGCUGGACCGCGCCGUGCGCCCCCCCUCCUCGCCACACACCCCACCCGCCGCGCCCCCCGCGCACACCAAGCGAUAUAAUGAUACAAAAUGUUAAGAUUUUUAAACACACCUCACU